GUGCUUGGGCCGCUGGGGGCGUGGUCAGGAUGCUGAGGCCGCCGCUGAUUGGCUGCUGUGAGCGCGAGGAACGGGAGCGAGGGGAGCUGAAAGAAGGCUCAGCUAAAGCAGAACAAGGAGCAAAGAACUAAAGUUUAACAUCUCAGGCUCUGACACAGGUCGAACAUAUUAAAGCUCAGGGAAGGAGUCGACUUCGUCUGGAAAACUGCAUCAUGCUGACCCCAGCAGAGACCCAGGUCCUCCUUUGCACCCUGCUGUGCACAUGGCUGCUGUGCAAUGGCCAAAUGGAGUCCAGCAGUCCAUCCAUACAGCUACGUCUGGCUGGAGACAAACGUAAAAAACAUGAGGGACGAGUGGAAGUUCUCUACCAAGGCCAGUGGGGCACCGUCUGUGACGAUGACUUCUCCAUCUACACCGCCCAGGUGGUGUGCAGACAGCUCGGCUUUGUGGAUGCUGAGUCGUGGUCACCUUCAGCCAAGUAUGGCAGAGGAGAAGGUCCUAUUUGGUUGGACAAUCUGGACUGCAGCGGCAGAGAGAAGAGCCUCGCCCAGUGCCGAUCCAACGGCUUUGGCGUGACAGACUGCAAACAUUCAGAAGAUGUCGGGGUGGUGUGCGCCCAGCAGCGCAUUCCAGGCUUCAAGUACAUCCGGACCCAGGCCAACAGUGAGGAGGGUUUGCCUGUUCAUGUGGAGGACGUCCGCAUCAGGGCCACGUACUCCCACAGGAAAAGGAUUCCCAUCACCGAGGGCUUCUUGGAAGUGAAAGAUGGAGGCAAGUGGAGGCAGAUCUGCAACGAGGACUGGACGGAAAUGAACAGCAGGGUCAUCUGUGGCAUGUAUGGCUUCCCUGGGGAGAAGCGCUUCAACAACAGGCCUUACAAAUUACUGGCCAAGCGCCGAAAGAAGAACUUCUGGGGUUUCUCUGUCAACUGCACCGGCAACGAGGCCGACCUGUCUGACUGCAAACUGGGAAAGGAGCUGGAGUUGAAGGGCAAUAACACCUGUGAGCAAGGCAUGCCUGUAGUGGUCAGCUGUGUUCCUGGACGAACCUUUGCCCCCAGCCUCAGUGCCGGCUACAGGAAGGCGUACAGGCUGGAGCAACCCCUGGUCCGAUUAAAAGGCGGAGCCAUGAUAGGGGAGGGUCGAGUGGAGGUGCUGAGGAACGGGGAGUGGGGCACGGUGUGCGAUGACAACUGGAACAUUCAAGCGGCGACGGUGGUUUGUCGGGAGCUGGGCUUCGGCAGCGCCAAGGAGGCCAUGACUGGCGCCAGCAUGGGACAAGGCAUCGGGCCUGUCCACAUGAACCAAGUGGAGUGCUCCGGCUUCGAGAAGUCUCUGACCGAGUGCCUCUUCAACCGCCACGCUCUGGGCUGCAGCCAUGACGAAGACGCGGCUGUCAGGUGUAACGUUCCCGCCAUGGGCUUUAAAAACAGACUCCGACUGUCUGGUGGCCGCAACCCCUUUGAGGGUCGUGUGGAGGUUCUUGCAGACAGGAACGGCUCUCUUGUGUGGGGCGCGGUGUGUAGUGACAGCUGGGGGACCAUGGAGGCCAUGGUGGUCUGCAGACAGCUGGGCUUGGGCUUUGCCAGCCACGCCUUCCAGGAAACCUGGUACUGGCAAGGCGAUGCUACAGCUGAUAACGUUGUGAUGAGUGGGGUGAGAUGUUCCGGAACGGAGCUGACCCUGGAUCAGUGUCUGCAUCAUGGGAAGCAUACGGAAUGUCCUAAAGGAGGAGGCCGCUUUGCUGCUGGGGUCUCCUGUACUCUAACGGCCCCCGACCUGGUCCUGAAUGCCCAAGCAGUGGAGCAGACCACCUAUCUGGAGGACAGACCCAUGUACGCCCUCCAGUGUGCCCAGGAGGAGAAGUGUCUGUCCAGCAGCGCGGACGACGCCGACCAGAACGCCUACCGCCGUCUGCUCCGCUUCUCCUCCCAGAUCCACAAUAACGGCCAGUCGGACUUCAGGCCGCGGGCCGGACAUCAGUCCUGGGUGUGGCACGAGUGCCACAGACACUUCCACAGCAUGGAGGUGUUCACCCACUACGACUUGAUGAAUGGGAACGGCUCCAAAGUGGCGGAGGGUCACAAAGCCAGCUUCUGUCUGGAGGACACUUAUUGCGAUGAAGGCAUCCAGAAGCGAUACGAGUGUGCCAACUUCGGAGCCCAGGGCAUCACCGUGGGCUGCUGGGACACCUACAGGCAUGACAUUGACUGCCAGUGGAUCGACAUCACUGAUGUUCCGCCCGGUGACUACAUCCUCCAGGUCGUGAUCAACCCCAAUUACGAGGUUGCAGAGUCCGACUACUCCAACAACAUCAUGAAGUGCCGCACCCGCUACGACGGCAAUCGCGUGUGGACAUACAACUGUCAUAUCGGCGGAUCACGGAGCUCAGAAACAGAAGAAACAUUUCCUGGACUGCUGACCAAUCAGCUGUCACACAGGUAGAACCUGGAUGGACGACACAGAUGGAUGGACGCACGGUCGGACAGACAUUUCCCAACCACUAACGAAGAAGGAGGGACACGGGAACCAGAACCAAAGUGGCACCAUGAACAGUAGCCAUGUUUGAACGACUACAUUUACAACUGGUCCAUUCACUAAAACCUUUUCUGAUUGAAUGGAGACAUGGAAUGACGGCGUUUUCAUCUGAUCUGAGGGAGACACGGUGCAGGGGAAUGUGGAAGGGAUGAUUGAGCAACAGCUAGUCUCCGUGCUUUUCACAGCUAAUGAUUGCUCUGCACAAGUGAACGUGACCAUCUAUAAACUGCUAUUUACCAUGUUGAUGUACUGUCUGCAUGGAGAAAACUGGCAAUACUUUUACAAACUCACUGUGAGGAAAAUGUAUCCGCCACAUCCAGCAUAGCUUUGUUGAAAUGUGCCUUUUUUUUGGACACGGUGCUUUUUCAUGAAUACGUCAGGGAACGUUUCAGCAAAUGUUUUUGUGCAUGAAAUGUGCCAACAGUUGCAUUAGAAGAAGAAACGGAAAACCAAGGUGCUACCUACAAGUACGAAUGACUUUCAGUAUGAAUCAGCCAUUCCUCCAGCAUUUUCAACACCAAAUACUUGAGCUGACCUUUUAUUUAUUGCCGUUUAUAUUUUCACUUUAUCUGCCCGGCGUGCAUGAACCCCUCAGCUAUCUUCGUCACCAUGUUGGAUUGUGUUAAAUUAUUGCUGUCAGGGACUCUGAUGCCUCAAAUGUGUGUGAAACGUUGGGGUUGUUUUGUAAAUGACUAAUUUCUAUGUGGCACAUUCCCUUCAUUUUAUAAGGGUGUCAGUCGCUUGUUGCCUGACAGAUUUGUGUACAUUUUAUUGUCAUAUGAGGAAAAAAAAUGCAUGAUGUUUUCUGUAAUAAAGGUAGACGGUGAAAGCACAACAUGUUAUUUUUAAUU